AAACAUAGCUAACAAAAUGUCAAAAUAGAAAAUAUUUUUUUCCUUCAUCGAAUGAUAAAGAUAAAGUCGAGCUACAAAAGAUUAUUUUUCUCUCAGGAUAACAAUAUUAUAAGGACAAUUUAUAAAAUUCUAUUCAAUUCGUUUCGAUGGCUUUGUCCAACAGAAAUAUUCUGGUAACUAUGCUUGAAAGGGCAACAAAUCCAGCUGCCGAAAAUGUCGAUGAACUUGCGGUUCAAAUAUUUUCCUUGACCGUUCGCAAUGACUCAAAUUUGAUUCACGAAGCGAUGUCUCUUAUACUAUCCAAAAUCCGGUCACCCAAUGUUACAGAAUCGAUUCGUGGCGUAUCGCUUCUGCAAGAGUGCAUGGAUAAGUGUGGUAGUAGUUUUCAAGACGAAGUUUCAAGAUUUCGUUUUCUGAAUGACUUAAUACGAUUGGUAUCCAAUAAGUACGAUGGCAAAAAGACACCGAAACUAAUUCGAAUCAAAAUAAUGGACUGUCUAUUGCUCUGGACAACCGAAUAUCCAAAUAAUGUUAAAAUCCAACAAACUUAUGAUACGUUGCGCAAGGAAGGCGUUGAUUUUGACCACGCUCCUGUUACGAAUAAUGUGAAAAAUGACACCAUAAUGGGUGUUGACGAAGCAAUAUUCCGUAAGUUAGUUCAAAGCAAUAAUCAGGAAGAUUUAAAAAGAGCUAAUCUCAUGGUGCAGAAAAGAGUCAAUCAACAUGCGAAAAAGGAGGAGCUUAUGUGCCGGCAUAAAUCUGAAAUUCAGGAAAUUAGGAAUACAGCUUCCCUUUUGAAUCAAAUGCUCGAUUCCUAUGGACAACAUUCCGACGCCGGAGAAGAAGACACUGUUAGCCUUAUUAACGAACUGUAUGAAUCAUGCGAAAAUUAUGUACCCAUCGUAGCACAGCUUCCAGAACUAAUCGAUAAUUCGAAUGAAAAACUUAUUGAAGAAACAUUUGAAGUGAAAGAAAUGCUGCAGUCAGUUAUUGAGAGAUACAAAACGACUAUUUUGAAAAAGCCAUCACCCUUGGAAAAUACAUCAUCACCGAAACCAUCGCCCAUUAUCACAACAUCUGCUGAUCUUCUAUCAGGAUUACUUUCUCAGCCGGAACCAAUAAAACCUACGCCUAGCAACCCAACACAAACACCAAAUCCACUUGAUGAGCUGAGUGAAAUUUUUGGCAAUAUGGAAGAUACAACUGCGAAAAUCCAACGUUCCUUAUUCGAUAAUAUGGAUCUCCUAGAGCCAAGUACGAUAGUUCAAGUUCAAGCUGAACAAUCACUAAACGAAAAGGACAACGAAGGCGGAUCGGCGAAGUAUGAUCCACGUAAGCUAACAGCAAUUGAUAUAAUGAGUGAAGAACUUCUGAAAGCUAGUCUUCAAAAUUCUGAACGAAAGGUUACUUUUAAAAAAGAACCAGAAAGAGUUUCACUAAACGAAUUGGCUAAAGAGAAAAUCAUAAACGAUCCAAUUAUUUCAAAUUCUGCUAAACAUACGAAAGAAAUUGAUUCAAUUUUAUUAAGUCCAACCCUGCCUGAAAGCCAGAACGCAUUUGAAAUUGAAGAACAACUCGACGAAAACAUUUUACUUGAAAACAAUUCCAAAGACGAACUUAUUUUAGAUGAACCAGUGGUUGAGAAACCCGACCAAACAAUACAACAAACCAAAGUGGAAAAUCCACCAGUUGUCCACUUGGCUGAUAUCCAUAUAGAUCUGGAUGAUGUCUGCCCUACGACUGAGAAGCUGCUACUCGAGGACGAUAUAAAAAUCACCCUGAACUUUACUUCAAACAGACCUAGUCGGAAUGUAUCAGUUAUUGUAGUUUCUGUAACGAAUCAAAGCAAAUUACCUGUGACUUGUUUUCAUUUUGAUGCUAGCGUCAGAAAGCCUAGUAAAGUGAGACUGUUGACUCCAACUGGAGAUUCCAUGCCCGGAAUGAAACCUUUUCGACCGUCAACUCCAAUUAAUUUGAUAAUGUUGCUUCUUAAUCCGACAGAAUCUGAUGUUGAUGUAACAUGCAUUGUGGGAUACAAGUUGGGCGAUGAUCCUGAUCCAAUAAAGGAAUCGAUUGUGGCAAAGAAUAUCGCUUACGUUGAGUAGGCUUUGUUUUGUCUAUAUUACUCAUAACCAUUGCUUAAAAUAAUUUAGUAUUAUUCUUGCUAAUUUAACAUAAUAUAAAGUUUAUAAAAAAUUUAAUUUUGUGAAUGAGAUAACAUAAAGCAAAGCUUGGAAGUUUA